CUAAAACUAAACCAAUUUGAUUCAAAAAAAAAACAAAACCGUAACUGAUUGAAAGUUAUUUAAUUGAGAAAUCGGUUUUGUUGUCAAAUAAUGUGAACCUCGAGAAGAGAGAAGGAGUCUCUGGUCCUAUCGUCUUUUAUUUUUCCCGGUAACAGAGACCGCCCGGGCGGCUACAAAACCGUUGAUUCCGAGCGUCAACCGUCGACCAGUUUCCAUGACUUCAGAUGCUCUCAAUAUACCUUCUGAGCUUGAAUCAGCGUUGCGGCUCAGGACUGUACAAUACUUUAUUACAAAGAGGCCUUGGCUUGAUCUCUAUGGAGUCCAUGUGAGGCCUGUGGCACCGUUCGGAAGCACAAGUAGUAAACCCUAUUUUGAUCCAGCAUUGAUUCAUCGUUCCUUGCCCGAUGAGCUUCUUUUCGAGGUAUUUGCUCGGAUGAUGCCUUAUGAAUUAGGAAGAGCAGCUUGUGUCUGCAGAAAGUGGAGGUACACCGUUCGAAACCCUGUGUUCUGGCGUAAUGCUUGCUUGAAAGCUUGGCAGACUGCUGGGGUUAUCGAAAACUAUAGGAUCUUGCAAUCCAAAUAUGAUGGAUCGUGGCGGAAAAUGUGGCUUCUAAGAUCAAGAGUUCGCACCGAUGGUCUUUAUGUGAGUAGGAAUACUUACAUUCGAGCUGGAAUCGCUGAGUGGAAGAUCACAAAUCCAGUUCACAUAGUUUGUUACUACCGCUACAUAAGAUUCUACCCUUCUGGCAGAUUUCUUUACAAGAACUCUUCGCAGAAAUUGAAGGAUGUUGCUAAGUACAUGAACUUUAAAGCUUCUAAAGCCGACUCUCUUUACAGAGGCACUUAUACAUUGUCAAUGACAGAUGAUAAGGUUAUAUCUACCUCUAACUGCCUAUUGGCUGGAAAAUCAACAACAUUACAUCUUCAUCAUUAUCUUGAAAAGAUGUUCCUUUUGCAGAUCGAAGCAGCUGUUCUGUACCCAGGGACACGCCCUACUGUCUUAAGGAUCCGUUUAAGGUUAAGAGGAACGACGAUUGGAGCCAAUAACCGGAUGGAUUUGCUAUCACUUGUGACAAGUGGUGUAAACGAUGAGGAAGUAAGCAGCACAGAAGAUGACAUUCUUGGUGUAGUUGAGAAUUGGAGGGACGAUGAAACUCACAAUCCGGAUAUACCUGCCGUCUCGCACAAGAGGGGAAUGACUCCGUUUGUCUUCGUACCUUUCGAAGAGGUUGACCAAUCGGUCUUGAACUUACCUCCGGAGAAAAUGGAUUACUUUGUCACUGGCUAAAGACACAUCAACUUCUCUGUACAAAAAAUAUGUAUCAUAGAAUAGUAACGUUUCACGUUUAUUUGAUUAUUAUGAUGACAACAUUAGUGUUUGUUGCUGUAAUAGCCAACUAUUAACAUUAUGUGGUUUUGUUUGUUACAAAAGAAGCUUUAUAAUGUAAUGUUUAUAUUUAUGUUUUUA